AUGACUAGUUACAAGAGCAUGGACGUAAAGAUUCAGGCAUUGUGCGAUCGAAGAGCUGGCGAAAUUGCGAAAUGGCACAUUCAUUGGGUUACGCCGGCUGUCAUCACCAUACUUCUCCUCGCCGGCACGAGUGCAGCACUGGCGCAUCAUUUUUUCUACGAUUACCUGCACGGUAGACCCGCGGAAGAGCAGCUUAAGAUGAUUCGUUAUGGAACUGCCAUGGCAUUCUUUGUGAAAAGUACUUUGGUUGGAGCAGUUAUUAUGUCAUAUCGACAACGUAUAUGGCGUACUUUCAGGACCAAGGCAAUGACAAUCAGAGGCAUUGACGGGCUCUUCGCAGCUACUGAAGACCCAACACAAUUCUUCUAUAACAUCGAGAUGCUACGUAACGGGAAGCUUGCGACAUUAAUGGCAGCAACUAGUUGGCUCAUCCCUUUGGCCUCAGUCCUGUCGCCAGCUGCCUUGACCACUGAAAUGAAGACUUCUCUCAACUACACCACCUGCGCAUCGGUGGCUACUCUAAACUUCAGCCAUGAGGCCCAAUAUGACUUCCGAGAUAAAAACUUCUUGCCGGGCUCUUCACUAGCUUUCUAUAACACUACCGAUAGAGUAGGCAAAGCGGAAGGAUGGUUCGAUUACUACGCCGAACCCUCAAAGAACGCAAGAAGACUGGCCGUUACAAGCGCAUACCUCAAAAAGCCCGCAUCUCACGCAAAUGCUUCAUUCAAUGCCUGCGGCGAAGGCUGGAAUUGCACAUACAGUAUUACCUUCGAAGGACCAGGGUACAAAUGCGAGGAGACAUCCGAAGGAGCCCCAUUCAACAGGACUGCAUUCGCGCCCGAGGGUGACAGCUUGUACAAAGCAUCUGUCGAUACUGCAGAUUACCGGUCCCCUCAAAUCGACACGACCGACGGCGUUCCCACGCAACCACCUCCUUACCCAGAUUCACUCGGUGUCUUCGAGUCUGAGCCAGUGCUAUGGAUCGGCUACGCCAGAGAUACGGGGCGACCUUACGACGACUUAUCGCCAUUUAAGAAGGUGUGGGGCACUGUUCACGAAUCAAAGAUCUUCAAGUGCGUCGCGUACCAUACGAAUUACACCUUCGAGAUGAGUUACAACGAUACCGUUCAGGUUGCGAAGAGGAAAGAGCGCGUCUUUCUCAAGCCAAUCGUCGACACCACAGUCACGGGACCCCCUGGAAGACUCGUCGCGAACCCGCGGCAGAACUACAUCAGCCCUCGAACAGACAAAGGCAUGUAUAAGGUUACUGCUGUAUACCACUCGAUGAACACGUUAUUGCGCAACUUCCUCCGUGGCGACAUUCGAUUCACCGGCACCUACAUUACUAGCUCCGACCUUUCCGAGACCCGGCUCGUGGACGCGAGAACGUCGUAUCCAAUCGGCAAUCUCAUGGAAGAGAUCCAAAAUACGUACGAGGAGAUGCUAAUCACCUUGAUGAGCGAACCGUUGCUAGUCGUCGCCGACAACACAAGCGUCCCGUGCGAGAAAUCACGCACCAUGAACACCUUCGUAUACCACGAGCGGGCUCUUUGGCUGGGUUAUGCAAUGGCUGUCUUUGCAACUCUCACCACCAUUCUCAUUGGGCUGUGCUCCAUGUGGCAGAACGGCGUUGCCUCUGACACGAAGUUCAGCCGUAUCCUUGUGACAACGAGAAAUCCCACGAUCGACUGGCUGAGCGUCGGCGCAUGCCUAGGAGGCGACCCGUUCCCCAAGGAACUCAGAGAGACGAAGUUGAGGUUUGGCGUCCUGCUGGAGGAGGAGCCGUGGGAGGGUCCGCUGGGUAAAGUCGAACACUGCACCUUCGGCACUGCGGGCGAGACGAAAGACAUCGUCAAAUACGGCUUGUACGCUGGACUAAGGAGGUCGAGGCGAGAAGCCGAGAGGGAGAAAGGCUCUGAAGAAGAAAAGGAAGCACUGCUGUCCCAUAGUGAUAGCGAGGACAGUUGA